AUGAAUGCGUACAAUGGCUGUAUUUUCGCCUAUGGUCAGACUGGCUCUGGCAAGAGCCACUCGAUCAUGGGCGAUGUACACAACGAGGACGAACAAGGAAUCCUACCACGUGCUUGUACCCGCCUCUUCAGCGUGCUGGAGCGACAGUGA